AUGCCAUCAUGUGCCAGCAACGUCCCUCUGCCAGGUUACAAGUACCAGUGCGCCAAGUGCCGGGACUCGUUCCACGGGGCGCCGGUCGGGGGACUCCAGUGCUACCGGCUCAUCUCGGUGGAGCAGGAGUUCUGCUUCGACCCCACCUCGCAGAGCAACUGCUUCCACCAGCCCAACCUGCAGCACCUGGCGCGCGGCCGCACCGUGCUCUUCGGGGUGCAGCCCAAGUUCACCAACGUCGACAUCCGCAUCACCGUGGACGUCACCUUCGGCGCCGUCGACCUCUUUGUCUCGCCCGCCUACGACACCUUUGCGGUGGAGGUGGACCGGGCCACGGGGGUACACGCCGUGCAGGUGCUGGCGCUGGCCGGGACCGAGGGGGGGCCCAACAGCACGGCCCCUCCCCGGCUGUGGGAGGAGCACCCCCAUGGGCUCAUCACCUACCUGACGGUGCGCGAGCCGCAGGCCGUUCUGGUGGUGCGAGGCGUGCGAGACCGGGUGGUGGUGACCUACCCGCACGAGCUGCACGCGCUCAAGUCCAGCCGCUUCUACCUGCUGCUGCUGGGCGUGGGUGGCAGCGGGAACGGCGGCGCCUCGCAGGGGCUGCUCUUCUUCCGGCAGGACCAGGCCCAUAUCGAUCUCUUCGUUUUCUUCUCUGUCUUCUUCUCCUGCUUCUUCCUCUUCCUCUCGGCCUGCGUCCUGCUCUGGAAGGCCAAGCAGUGCCUGGACCUGCGGCACGAGCAGCACCGCCAGCUGCAGGAGAUGACCAAGAUGGCCAGUCGCCCCUUCGCCAAGGUCACCGUCUGCUUCGAGCCGGAGCCCGGGCCCCCGGCCACCAACCGGCUCUUCCUGCCGGCCCAGCCCCACAAGCCGCCUGCCCCCCUGGCCCGCCUCAAGCCCUACCCCGAGGCUUACACAGCCCACCUCCGCCGCUCCGAGCCCUUCCUGGCUCAGCUGCUGGGCUGCUCCUGCCCCAACCCCAGCUUCCGCGUGGGCCCCGUCACGCUGGAGCCCACGGACGACGGCAUGGCCGGCGUGGCCACUGUGCUGCUCCAGCUGCCCGGUGGCAACCAGGCCCCCAAUCGCUCCUGCCUGGGCUCCGCCCUGGUUACCCUGCGCCACAACCUGCAGGACUAUUGCGGGGGUGGGAGCCAUGGGGCUGGUGGUGUCCGCAAGGGGCUGCUGAGCCAUGACAACCUCACCAGCAUGUCACUGUGAACCCCUUCC